CGCUCCUUCCUGCGGCCGCCAGAGCCACAGCUGAAAGCUGCUCUGGGUAAGCAGUGCGGAGUCUAAGGCGGAGACGCGAGCGAGCUGGCGGAGCCGGAAGGGGCGGGCUCAUUCCUGUGACGUGAAGACCCGCCCCUUACAUUACUUCCGUAAACAAAGGUAACUGCGGAGGCGCGAGUUCGGGGCUGUGUCCCAGGCUCUGGCUGCAGCUGAGGCUGUGGCCUCGGGCACUCUCCAACCUUUGCAGGUUGAGGGAGGGGAUCCCGACCCUUCCUUCCUCGGGUCUUAAGAAACUAGUGUUGGUACAACAAGGAACUUAAAACAAUGGAAGAGCGGAAAGUGAAGAGGAAGAGUCCCAAGUCUUUUAGUGCCCACUCUACUCAGGUUGUUAAUGCCAAAAGAAAUGCCAUUCCAGCCAGUAAAAGCACAGGGUUUUCAAAUCCCACAUCACAGUCAACCUCCCAGCGCCCAAAGUUAAAAAGAGUGAUAAAAGAAAAGAGCAAAGCUCAGGGAGGCGAAGGGAAGGCUGUUCAGUCCGCCCCGAUCCAGCACUCCUUCCUCACCGAUGUCUCUGAUGUGCAGGAGAUGGAGCGAGGCCUCCUCAGCCUUCUCAAUGACUUCCAUUCCGGAAAACUCCAAGCAUUUGGAAAUGAAUGUUCCAUAGAACAGAUGGAACAUGUCCGGGGAAUGCAAGAGAAAUUAGCUCGAUUGAAUUUGGAGCUCUAUGGGGAGUUAGAGGAACUUCCUGAGGAAAAGCGGAAAGCAGCCAGUGAUGCCAACCUGGAUAGGCUCCUGUCUGACUCUAGGGAAUCAGCAAUGCACGUUUGCAUUCCCAGCACCUGGGAGUUGGUUCAGGAGGAACAGGAAGGAGUUCAAGGUCAUCUUCAACUGCAUGCCAAGUACAUGGCCAGCCUGGACUAAGAGAGACCCCAUCUUAAAAAGAAAACAGAAACCCUACAAGUCUAUAGUUUUUAUUACUUUAAGUCUAUCAUGUCAUAUUCAGUCUUGCAAGUAUUUCUUUUCACCAGCUCAUGUUUUAUGCUUUAUUCCUCUUAAACAUAAGCUUAAUUUGCUGUGUAUUUCUUACAUUUAGUACAGUAACUGUUUUCGGGGAAAAACACUGAAUUUGAAACAGGAAGUAUAGGGUAUCGCUAACAUCUGUGUUGUACUUAGUAACACUGAAUAGUUUAGAACAUUUCUUUCUCUUUUUCUUACUCUUUUGAGGUACUGAAGAUUAAACCUAGGACCUUGUGGAUGCUAGCUAGGCAAAUGCUCCACCCCUGAACCGUAGCCCCAGACAGCAUGCAUUUCAUUUAUAUUUUCCUUUCUAAAGUGAAGGGUGGUGUGAUCUGGUGUGAAGGUAGACUGCUUAUAUCCUUCCAGAGGUCAUACUUUGAAGUUGUAACCCUGAGGGUAAUGGUAGCAGGAGGUGGGUCUUUGAAAGGCAGUCAAGAAUGUGAUUAGUAUCCUCAGAAAAGAGCUAAAAAGGGACCCCCACCUCUUCCAUCUUGUGAAAAUGCAAUGCAAAAGUGCUCUCCUGUGAGCCAGAAAGUUCCUCACCAGACACAACUCUGUUAACAUCUUCAGUCUUGGACAUCUGGUAUCCAGAACUGUGAGAAAUAAGUCUUUUGUCUACAAACCACCAACUUAGUGGUAUUUUAUUAUAGGAGCCCAAAUAGACUAAAGCAAGGGGUGAUAAAUUCUACUUUAUAGUGAAAAUUGCAUGAUUAGUGAAGUACUUUUGUCAUUAAUAAAAGUUUUAAAGAUUGUGACCUUGACCAAAAAGGCAAUUUUUUUCUUUUGAAGACUUAUUAGAAAUCCCGACAUGGAGCCAGUGGGAUGGCUCAGCCAGUAAAAGUGCUUGUUGCACAAGCCUGGUGAAGGUCUGACCUAAGUUCAAUCCCUGGAACCCAUGUAGGAGUCAAAGGAGAGAACCAACUCUACAAAGUUGUCUUCUGACAUCCACAUGUGUGCUGCCUAUGCACGCAAAUCUUGUGUGUACACACACUAUAAUACAAUUUUAUACACUAUUAUACAUAUAAUACAGGCAUGGUGGCACAUGUCUGUGAUUCUAGCAUUCUGGAGGCUGAGCCAAGAGGAUCCUGAGUCAGGGCUACCCUGUACUAGGUACAGAGUUCAAGGCUAACCUGGCAAUGUAGUGGGACACUCUCAAGAAACAUCAAAUGCACACGGCCAGAGAUUAUUGCCACUACACAUGAGUCUAAGAAUAUCCACAAAACUCUGGUUUUUGUCAUUCGCUUUUAUUCUCUCUUCACAGUCUUUCACUAAAACUAAAUAUAUUUUGUACUUAUUUUGUAAAAAGGAAUUUCCCAGCCUGGAAAUUAUUUGCAAGCUUUUUUUUUUUUUUUUAAUGUUUUUCUCUUUCAUUUAAAGAAAAUGUACAUUAAAUUAUUUUAAAACAUGGUUAACUAUGAUC